AUGACGUCGGCUACCGAGAUGCCGCCCUAUUCGAAUAAUUCGACCAUGUGGUUGAUCCCGGUGUCAAUACUGGGUGCCGUCGCGCUGUGUCUAGUCGUCAUGCGCAUAUACACACGACUGAGGAGGACGGGGAGGUUGUAUGUUGACGACUGGCUCAUCGUCGUCGCAGAGCCCCUUUCGCUCACCAACAUAUGCAUCGCAGCGGCAGCGAUCGCCUAUGGAUGGGGCAAACCCAUCGCAUAUCUCACCCCAGCAGAAGUAGUAGCCAGCUUGAAGUUGCAGUUUGCGCUCCAAACAGUGUGGAUAUUCACCCUAUGUUUCGUCCGGCUCUCCAUUGCGGCUUCGCUACUCCGUUUCGGCCAGGAGCGAUGGUGGAAGUGGACGCUGUGGAGCAUCAUGGGACUGCAGUCACUGAUCUCCUCGAGCUACGUCGUUAUCCAGUUCGGCCAGUGCAGGCCGAUCUCGUAUGCCUGGGAACAAGUCGGUGACGUGGAGUGCUGGGACAUCAAUGCGAUCGUCGACUACGGCUGGGCCAUUGCGUCCAUAUAUGUCGCAAUGGACCUCAUUCUUUCCCUCAUGCCCAUCAAGCUCGUCCGGAGCCUGUCCCGAUCCACAGGCGAGAAGAUACUCAUCGGCGUCCUCAUGUCGCUCGGUCUGCUCGCAACCGCCAUCACCUGCGCUAAGAUGACGACGUUCAACGACUUUGGAAAAGGCGACCCUAUGCAAGACACCAUGAAGCCGUCCGUGUUCGCCAAGCUCGAGGAAGUCGUCGGUAUCAUCGCGUGCUCGCUGCCGUGCCUCAAGUCGCCCGCCGAGCAGUUGCUGAAGAAGUUCGGCAUCUUGAAAGAGCAUCAAUUGACAAAGCCCAGCUUCGUCAUCUCCCUUCCGGAUAUGCAGGAGGAUGCAGACCAGAGGAGUAGCAGCGAUGGCUCUCUUCCCAGCGGAAAGGAUGCCGUUCGGGUUGACUCCGUUGCCUUCAAACCGGGAAGCGCGAAUUCGAAUUCCCUUCAACAGGGCAAUCGAAAGGAUAAUUGGGAAGCCGUGUGA